GAACACUACGGAAACUCCAGAAGCCGCAAUUACUGUUGGUUAACAAAACAAGCAAUUUUGAUCACGUUGAUUGCACAGAUAAGCUCUUAUUGGUACAAAGAAUGGCUACAUCGUUCAUAGUAUGAUAGUUACUUAACGUCUACUGCUCAUAGAGUUCGCCCAAAUGUUCCGGGCACGUGCACAGUUCAAACAUACAGUUAGUUAAACCCAAGACGGAUUGUUUAAACUGAAAAUUUUGUCUGUAGUAUGGAGAGAGACUUCAUGAAUUCCUGUAGGAACUGGUUGGUCUACAGUGAAAAAUCUAAGCCCGCUGAAGUCAGUGGGGUGCAAAAAAGUUGUAAUAACCUUUUUAGAACUGCAUUGCAAUGGAAUGGAGAAUUAGCGGGGCAAGGAGAGUCGUCCUGUUUCACUGGGAAGCUGGAUAAGAUUUCCUGGCCUCUUCUCACCUUCUGUAAGGUCAUUGGAAACUACUAGGCAUAUGAAAAAUUAUUAAUAAAGGGGAGAAUUAAAUUAACAUAACUGGUAUAACUGGAGAAUCUGGGGAAACCAUUAAUGAAUCAAUACCAAAAUUCAUAUCCGGUAGGUUCAAUAUCACUGGAUACAGAUUUGCCCACAGCACAGGCAGAAAGAAGUUAAAUACCUUUCUACAGCAUUUAUAUGGGGCUGCCUACUAAACUGUUGAAGAUUUUAAUUAUAAAUCUCCCAUCUUAUGUCUGGCUUGACCCUAAUCUAAAAGGAAAACAUUAAACAGUACAGUAAUGUUUCGUAUCUGCCAAGAUCAGAAGUUCUAACGAGAGAGACCCCUGCAGCAUUGAGGUCAUGGACAAAUGCUUUAAAUGAUAAGUAAGCUAUUCCUGUAUCACGCUAUUCCUGUCCCGUGGCUUCAUUUUUCUUGGCUGCUCGUUAACAACUUGCAACAGCAGAUAAAGCAAACUCCUCCCCAGACUAUAUAAAACCAUCUUCUUCCCCUGAGCCUUGCUUGUCUUGGUCUCUGCUUUUCCCUGAACAUGGAAGUGAGCUGGUUAGUUGUCCUGCUUAGGAUAUGCAUCCAGCUCUUAGCUCUCCCUCUUUACGUCCUCUGGUUCCUGGGCUUGUGGAGGCCCUUGUGGAAGAAGGCAUUUCCACAUAUCAUGGCCCGGUUAGCUGUCAAUUAUAAUGAGAAGAUGUCUGCCAAGAAAAAGGAACUUUUUAGCAACCUGAAGGACUUUGCAGGCCCCUCAGGGGUGCUCACGCUAUUGGAGAUUGGUGCAGGAAGUGGAGCUAACUUUGAGUUCUACCCAGCAGGAUGCAGGCUCAUAUGCAAUGAUAGCAACCCCUACUUCAACAAAUUUCUUUCCAAGAGCCUGUCUCAGAAUCCACACCUGCAGCUGGAGAGCUAUGUGGUAGCACCAGCUGAAGACCUGCAGCAAAUACCCAAUGCAUCGGUUGACGUUGUGGUUUGCACUCUGGUCUUGUGCUCUGUGGAUUGCGUAGAAAGAGUCUUAAAGGAAGUUCUACGAGUGCUGCGACCAGGUGGUGCUUUCUACUUCAUGGAACACGUUGCUGGUGCGCCUUCUAGCUGGAGUCUCUUCUGGCAGCAAAUCUAUGAUCCAGCUUGGCAAGUUUUGACUGAUGGGUGCCACUUGGCUAGAGAGACCUGGACAGACCUGGAAAAAGCUGGAUUCUCAGAGCUGAAGCUAUGGCAUACACGCGCCCCUUUAAAAUGGCAUCCUACGCAGCCUCAUAUCAUUGGCUAUGCAGUGAAGUAACUCAAUAAUAAAGACAAUUAUGCAAGAUUUUAUAAACAACGAUGCAUGACGAUGACUGUGUGUAUUUGUGUGAAUCUCCCUGAAAUGAGAAUGCAUGGCAUGUGGACCUAUACUUCUUGGCAGACUAGCCCCAUUAAUUUCACCAUCAGGUACUAUUAAUGCUAUUCUCCAUCAAUAUGCUGAGCCCCAAGGAAGGUUUGAAUUUUAGCCAUAAACAAGCUUUUUUUAAUUGGCAGGUGAAUGACAAUCAUCCUAUAUUUUCUGCAGUGCCCAGGGCUUUUUUUCAGGGGUAAUGCAGGGGAACAGAGUUCCGGAACCUCUUGAAAAUGGUCACAUGGCUGGUGGCCCCGGCCCCUGCUCUCCAGACAGAGUGGGGUUUAGAUUGCCCGCUGUGCCGCUGAGUGGCACGGAGGGCAAUCUCAACUCCCCUCUGUCUGGAGAUCAGGGUGCGGGGCCACCAGCCAUGUGACCAUUUUCUCUGAGGGCAACCCACUGAGUUCCACCGCCUCUCUCCCCAGAAAAAAUGUCCUGCUUGCCCUAGACCGGGGGCUGUUUAAGCGAGUCAUUCGCUGUGCUCUGCAGCCUCUCCUAUUCCAAAAGUUGACAUGACAUGAGUCAGAUCCAUUUUUCCCUGUUCUUUGUUAAAUUGCAUACAAAUGCAAUUUGAUGUAUUUACUUUGCCAUCCCCUUGAUGGCACAUACUUGACAUUGGGCCUAGUCUGGCUUAGUGCUGCUAAAGGAGUAUACUGAUUGAUCACAGGCAGAGCCAGAGGACAUUUGAUCAACUUAACUUGUUUAACUCUUCUGACACACUUGUGCCUUGAACAUCAUACUGCAGCAUUGAAAUAGGCCAAUUAGCUUGGAUUACCAUAUAUGGAAUAGGCUGCCUUCAGUAUAAAAGGGGCAGCAGCUUUGUUUUCUGUGAGGAACCUGAGGUAAUUUUCUUUGUGUUAAGAACCUGGUCCUCCUUUUAUUGCAAUAAAGACUUUCUGUACUCCUUCUA